CGUCAGACGUUUCAGGAAGUGCGAGUCCCCUCUCUCGAAGAUGCGAGCUAGUGGGUGACAGAUCGUCACUGUAUAUCCGUGUAAAUAAUGCCAUUUAUCGGACAACAAAGAAUGUAUAGCUGACUUAUAACUUAAAGUAAAUCUCGCCUUCUUUAAAAUUCUGCCCAUAAAAGGGAGGCUGACGAGAAAAGUGAGCUUGCGGACAUGGGACGUAUUGCCAUUCACCCUAGUUGGUUUUGGAUGCAAACACUGGUGUUCUUUUUUUGUAGCUGAGUUGCUCGAACGAUCCCACCGAUCAGAAUCCACGUUUAGUGCAAGUCUCCGCGUGAAUGUCGUCUAGCUCGUUCGUCGUUUGGUGAUGUCGUGGCAGUAGCUGGUCUGUCCCAUUGUAGAUGUGAUAGCUGAGCCGUGAACACCGACGUUAACUUUUGGAUUAUCACCCCCCGGAACCAGCGGUGACCAGCUGUUUUGCCCUAGCUCAAGAUGGAUGAUGAACUGCUGGACCAGAUUGUGAGUGGGCUGAACCAGCUGGUCGCCUGGGUGGCCGGUGGUGCAAUGGUGUUCGGUGGGGUGGUUCCCUACAUCCCCCAGUACCGAGACAUCCGCCGGACACAGAACGCAGAAGGCUUCUCCACCUACGUGUGUCUCGUGCUGCUGGUUGCAAACAUCCUGAGGAUCCUAUUUAGGUUUGGUCGCUACUUCGACACGUUGCUCCUGUGGCAGAGCAUCAUCAUGAUCGCGACCAUGUUGAUCAUGCUCAACCUGUGCACCAACGUCCGAAUGACCACUGAACUCAGCACCAAACGGCGCUCUUUUAUAGCUACAGAGGGUAAGGACGAAGAGCUCAGAGUCCCUAAAAGACUCUUUCUGGACUUUGACUGGAACUACUUCUGGUCAUGGAGCCACUUCCUGGAUUAUGUCCAGUGCGUGGUGGCCUUUACCCUGGUGGCAGCGUACAUCACCUACAUCCUGUUGGACUCUGCCGUGUUUGUGGAAACUCUUGGCUUCCUGGCGGUCUUCACGGAAGCCAUGUUGGGAACCCCACAACUCUACUGCAACUACCAGAACAAGUCGACUGAGGGAAUGAGCAUUAAGAUGGUGCUGAUGUGGACAAGCGGCGACACCUUCAAAACUGGCUACUUCCUGCUCACCCAGGCCCCGGUGCAGUUCUGGACAUGUGGUCUUCUACAGGUGGUGGUGGACAUCACCAUCCUCUUCCAGGUCUACUACUACAGCCGCUACCCACAGAAGCCUCUGUCACACACCGUGUCCCACACCACCAGUGCCAAAGCUCUCUGAGGGGACACUUCCUCUCCAGAUGUACAACACACUUCUGAACGGGUGACGCUUAGUCUGCAAAGAAGCGGGUAGGAUUUUCACAGCACAAUCCCAAGUGAAUGAAGUUGAGGUCCAGCUUUCGUCGCCCACACGAUUGUUGCAUGAGCCUUCUGCCUUAAAGACACUGUCAGCCAUAAAAAAAAAGUCUCAGUCAGUUGAAAAAAAAUCUAAACUGAAUGUACCGUGACGUUGUAGUCUUAUCCAUCAAAGUGGAGAAAUGGGCUCUGAGGUCACGAGGUCAAACACAAUCUUUCCAAAAUGUAAAUCAUUGUGGUUGGUAGGAUGUAAAAAGAAUCCACUUUACCUCUUAUUUACUGUACGUUUUUUUGCUUUUUUUUCCCGCAAGUUGACACCGUUUUUACAUACUUCACGCGGUACAGUUGAAGAACUCAGAAAGGGCUACAACUUUCUUCUGCCUUUCAAAGUAAGCUUAGAGAGCAGCGCGAGAUCUGUGAUGACGAUGAAGUGUUUUGUUGUGUGACAGUCAUUGUGAGUCUGUGAGUUGUGCCAUGUAACCUUGCCAUUCUUUUAUUGACUUGGGAAAACCAGAGGUUGACUUUGAGUGAACUUGCCAUCUCCUUCUUUCUCAUUUGUGUUUUUAUUUUGCAUGAAUUGCCACGUUACGUACAUAUCAUGGAGCAACAUUUUAUCUUGAGUAUUUAAGGGCUUUACUGAACAAAGAUUUGCCCACGCCUCCACAUUCUUCCUGAUCUUGCUACUAUGGGGGUUCACUUUUCCAGUCUCUCGCUGCAUUAGGUGUGCACACGUUGGCAUUUGGAAAAAUGUUGUUGAGCACAUGUACCCUUCUCCAACCAGCUGCCCUUAUAUCCAAAGUCAGUCGGAGCUGCUCUCACUGGGCAGGCACACUCUGGCAUGUUGGACACUUGUUAGUUGCAGGGAGAACUUUUCAGUGCUUUAUUUGACACAUUGGGAGACGAAUCAUGUUCGCAUCUGCUCUCCUCCACUAGCUGAGAUACUUGGAUCACACAAUCAAAUGUCAGGUCUCCAACAGCUGUGGAGUGACUUGCUUGUUCUGCUGUUGUUCUUUGCUACCUUCUGUCCACCCAUGCCAACUUACCUUGGAAUGUAUUUUUAUUAUUUAUUUAUUUUAUUAUUCUUAGAAUCACUUUUAGUAACCUCCAAAGCCAAGUGAACCCGCCGUCCACCACUCUGUGGUCUAGUUAGCCUUCUGUCCACCUCUUUCAAACAUGCAUAGACAGUGCAGGGCUCUGAAAGAGACACAAGUGUUUGUCUUGUUUCGCCUGACCUGACUUUGCUCAUAGUUUUUGUUACUGACACAGAUUUGUUUCUGUCCUGACCUUUGUUCAUGUUCUGUCAUGCUGUUCAAAAAUGUUCGCCACAGUCGGUGUAAAUCCUUCUACACAAGCAUGUGUUGCUUCCAGCACUGAGACACAAUAAAGACUGUUUUUCAUG